CGCCAGCCAGGGGUGCCGUAGCGACGCCAAGCAGCAGCUCGAGCGAAGGGCCGGCUUAAAGGAGGGUUAGAGGGAGGCGUCGUCAGGUGUCGGUGGAGGGAGGACUCGUGGGGUUCUUCCCUCCCCACUAGCAGUUCCAAUGGGGUCUUCACAUUCUGCAGGCACAGGCUCCUCCUGCUCCAGGCAACAGAGAGAGGAGGAUGAAGAUUUGCUGGACAACAAGGAUCGGGAGGAAGACAUUGCCAGGUUCCCGUAUGUGGAAUUCACUGGCCAAGACAGCAUCACCUGUCCUUCCUGUCAGGGCACUGGCUGCAUCCCAACAGACCAAGUUAACGAAUUGGUGGCUCUGAUACCAUAUCAUGACCAGAGGUUAAAACCUCAAAGGACGAAACUGUAUGUCAUGGUGUCGGUGCUGCUGUGCCUCUUGGUGUCGGGACUGGUGGUCUUCUUUCUCUUUCCUCAUUCAAUCCUUGUGGAUGACAAUGGCAUCAAAGUGGUUACAGUCUGGUUUGAUGAAAAAAACUCCCUUGUAGUCCUCGCUAUCACGGCUACUCUCCGGAUCAGAAAUUCCAAUUUCUACUCGGUAGCAGUAACCAGCUUGGCCAGUCAAGUGCAGUACAUGAAUACUGUGGUUGGGACGAAGCAGAUUAACAAUGUCACUCAUAUCCAGCCUCUGAGUGACCAGCUGGUGAAUUUCACAGUGAAGGCUGAAAUGGGUGGACCUUUUUCUUAUGUAUACUUCUUUUGCACAUUACCCAAGAUCAGAGUGCACAACAUUGUGAUUUUCAUGAGGACAUCUGUGAAGAUCUCCUACAUUGGUCACAUAACUCAGAGUUCCUUGGAGACCUAUCAUUAUGUGGACUGUGGUGCUAAUUUCACAACUGUUCUUGCUGGUCCUCAGCCCCCAACUCUAGAGAAUGCAGCUCAAGGGAAGAACAGUUUAAGCCCACUGACAUAUUUCAGCAAUGAGAGCAGGUUGGGUUCUCCUGCUGUGUAAACUGAGGACUGCUUACUCUGGGAUUGUUUUUGUUUGGGAGAAAUAGUGAGGUUGCUGCAGCCUUGGGAAAAAUGGAAGGUAUGUCUGAGAAUGUCAUACUUAAACCAUAUUCCACUGACAACUGGACUGAGCCAUGAUGCUGUUUUGAAGAGGAUGUUUAGUUUCUCCUUGGCACCCCACCCAAAAAUACACACUCCACACUCUCUCCUCUGCUUUGGAACGCCAGUCUGUGGCUAGCAUUACUUCAGUCCCAUUUGAUCCUCUUUCUUUUUCAAUGAGGCCAUGUCAAGUUUCUCAUCUUCUCUUUCAAAUGAAGCGAGAACACUUAUCUCAGUAUUACAUCCCUUGUUGUGUAAGGACACGCAGAAUGAAAUAAUUCCCAAGUUGAUGCACCUUCCUUCAAAGGGACUGCUCACCAAAUGUGGAAGAGGAAGAGAUUUUGAGCUUGCUUCUCAUGUGGGAGUGUUAUAACUCCUGCCCUGCUUAUUUUCAAAGGGAAAAUAACUGGGAAUAUUUCUAGUGCUGGGGUGGGCAGUUUGUGGCCAUCCAAGUACUAUUGUACUGUAUCCUCCAUCAGCCCUAACUACCAUAAUCUCUAAUGAUAAGGGAAGAUGGUAGUUCUUGUUGAACAUCCUCUGGAAGGCCACAAGUUGCUUACUUCUGCUGUUACUAUGAGCCACACUGAAAGAAAUGGAUUCGGUAGCUGUUACAGCCCAGUUGUGAGAGGAAAUUCCAGUAUAUUCAACAGGGCAUUUCAUGGAUGGAACGACUAUUUAAAUGACUAUUGACUUUAUCAGUGGUGUGUUUGGUAUAACACUUUGACAGGCACACUGUUGACUUCCACCGUCUUCUAGCAUGUUUUGAUUUUCUUUCCUUUUAAGAAUGAGUGCCCAUGAAAAACUGUAGAUCACUAGAUCUUUGUGUUAGGGGAAACCUGCAUGAAAGUGAGCACUCCUCUAUCUUGGUACCUCUAGUUUGCCAAGCUGGGAAACUUUGUGCCAGUUUUGCUGUCUCAUGACGUUAGAAUAGAAGUUCUUUUGGUUUAUUUCCAGUAAACAAAGAUUUUUUCUUCUCUAAAUGAGAAGUGAGAAACAGUGAAUUCUUAUGCUGGAUUCCAACUCCCUUCAACCUUGGCAAUGCUGGCUAAGGCUGAUGGGAGUUACAAUCCAGCAACAUCUGGAGGGCUACACAUGGUCCACUGCUAGUCUACAUUUCCCCCCCUCUUUGUAAGGAUUAAGAUGGGAUAAGUAACUUAAUAGACAGAUCAAGAAAAUAACAUUAGAAUUAGAGAAGUGUCUUAUAGAUCUGUGAUUGAUAUUACUAACCCUCUUUAUUUCGGAUAUGAACUAGAAUAGUUCAUCUUUUGUUUUAAACUUCUUCAGUGUUUCAAACUUUCUGCUGUAGUAUGUUUCCCCCCAGAAGUAGAAACCUAUUUAAACUUGAAGUGAAUUUUAAAUCUAUCUUUGCAUAUCUAAAUGGUGGUGGGAGCUAAUAUUUGCUUAGAAUCUGUAUUUUCUGCUUGGAAGACAGUGUGGAAAAGAAAAUUCCUGAAGUUAAUAAACUUUUUAGGUUGUCCCCUUUGACUGGGGGCUGCUGAUCUUUCUCUAAAAUCUGUGUUAUUUGAAAUGUGAUUUUCUUUAAGUCCUCAAGUGGAAUUACAGAAGGAUUUGUUCCAGGUCUUACAUUAAAAGCUCCUUUAAUAAACCCAGCAAUAAGUAUGGAGACUUGUUGGAUGGAGAAGCUUGUAUGGUAUUCUGUAUGUUAGGCUUCACAUAUAAGCCUGGUUCUAAUCUGCAAUAUUGUUUGGGCAAAACUCCUAGCAUUCCUCAGUUGAUUGGGGCUGCUGGGUGUUGCAGUCCCAACACCUAGAGGGCUGCAUUUUUGCUGGGGAGUGCUGCCAUUAUUAUGUUGCAUUAAUGGGUAUGGUUGCUAACCAGCCAGAAAAGAGGCACUUAAAAUGCUGCCUAGUGAUACAGCUGUGGCAUGCAUGCUCCACUAAAAUAGCAUACUUAUGCAGCAAAAAAAACCACCCACUGUCAGUAUAUUUAGGUGAUUUGGGGUCUGAUUCAUAGCAGUUGAGAUGGUAGAGUUUUGAUGCAAGAAUAUCUCCACUUUUGGUAAUGUUUUUAGGGUAGCUUUCUCUAGAACACCCUCCCCAAAGAAGUAGUAUCUCUUGCCAUCAUCUCAAGUGUUUGGAGUAUUGGCUGGACAUUUUAGUUUGGACAGUGUUUUAUUAUAUUUAACUACCUUUAAAGGUUUUAUGAUUGUGUUGUAUUGCUGCUUGUGUUUGUAUGACCAUUUUAGUUUUAUCUUCUGUUCAUCAUAUUGAUUGCUAUAGAUGAAGAGUGGUGUUUAAAUAGCCUUCCAAGUACCUUCUCAAAAUGUCUUAGGCUGGAAAGUUGUUGUCAUUUCAUGAAUUUGUCUUUGGCACUCCUACCUUUAUGGCACUGCCAUCUCCCUUGGCCAAUUAUGUAUUUUUAGUUUCUGCUGACUUUUGUAGAAAUCUGAACAUACAUAACUCUCCCGUUGAAAUUAACAGCUCUCUAGCCAUGGUUGAUCUUGGCCAGAAACUUUUCCACAUUUGUAAAAAAAAGCAGCUAGAUGCUAAAAUGCAUUUAUAUUUAUGGAGUUAUUUCUUUCCAAAGUUCUGAAUUUCAAGCUAGGCCUUCAGAAAGAAGACUGAAAGAAUUCCUCCUUGAAAUGAUCACCUUUCUUUGUUGGACCUUAGAUUACUAAUCUAAGUAAUCUGCCACAAACUAGAUGUUAGGGUUUUUGUUUUAUUGUUGAGGUCUUGGGUGAGCCACACCAGUGCAACAAGGGAGUGGAAUUAACCAAUUAAAUGCUUCAAGCCAGGGAUGGGAAAUCUGUUGCCCUCCAGAUGUUCCACUGCAGCAUCCCUCAGCAGUGGCUGUGAAACUACAGUAGAUGGGAAUUGCAGGUUAGUAACACCUGUGGGACCACAAGGUCCCCUUCGCUGCUUGAAUUCACCUGUUUACUCUUGCCCUUUUUCCUGUUAGUUGGUAGGCCUUGGUCUGAUGGUGGAUCUCACUCUGGACUGGACAUGUCCCUCUCUUCAAGUUUCUGAGAUCUUGUGAUGCAAAAGCAAAGGUAGAAGUGGCAGCAUAGUUAGCUAACCCUGCAUUCCUAGCAUUUGCUCAACCUUUGU